AUGAUGGUAAAUGCCCAUACCUUGAUCUUUAUCUCGCAGAUUUUCGAUCGAGACCUGAAACGGCGACAACGGGACUGGGCCGUCCAGCAGGAGGAUUACAGUGCGGCCAGUCAUUUGCGGGAAGAAAUAGGAUGGCGGAUAGCGGAUAAGGUCUUCGACCUGACCAAAUUCAACGAGAGGGUACUCGACAUCGGAUGUGGCACGGGAUUUAUUUCACCGCACUUAAUAAAGGAAAAUGUGCGUAACAUUGUACAGUGCGACCUCAGCGCUGAGAUGGUGCAUAGAAGCAACGGAUGUCCUGAUGCGGGCGUGGAGGUCGAGCGAGUGCAUUGUGAUGAGGAGACGCUGUCAGCAUUUCAACCUGCCUCAUUUGAUCUGCUGCUCAGCUCAAUGUCCGCACACUGGAUCAACGACCUACCUGGCUGGUUUUCCCGGUGCUACAAUUUGCUGAAAGAGGACUGUCCGUUUAUCGGGGCCAUGCUCAUGGAAGAUACGUUGUAUGAGCUGCGGUGUUCCCUGCAAUUGGCUGAGCUGGAGCGAUUGGGCGGCGUUGGUUCGCACAUUUCUCCCUUCGUAAAAGCCAAUGAUGUCGGUAGCCUGUUGGGUCGUGCAGGAUUUGAAAUGGUGACCCUAGAUAGCGAUGAAGUUCAGAUAGGUUUCCCAAAUAUGAUUAGCCUUUUGUACGACCUACAAUUGAUGGGCGAAUCGAAUUGUACUUAUAAGCGAGCUUCUACAUUACGAAAGGACGUCUUGAUAGCGGCGGAAGCAAUCUACAAGGCCAUGUACGCGAAAGAUGACACCCACCCUGCCACCUUUAAAAUCGUCUCUUGGAUUGGCUGGAAACCAGGUCCGAAUUCACCAAAACCGGCAAAGCGGGGCUCGCAGAACGUGUCGCUGAAAGAUCUCGAGCAGAUCGUUCAAGAUCCUGAAUACCAUAAAAAGUUGGCCGAGACGCUGCCGCCAAAGCCGAAAGGGAAGGAUUCC